AUGAGAAUCUUUACUUCAGGGCUAUUGCUCUGGCUAUUGUCGCUUUUUACCCUAGUAUCUGCUUUCCCGGGGUCAAUGAAUGACCACAAUGCCCACUCAGGCCAUCGAGGCACGCACAAGCCCUGCCCAUAUGCCAAUGCCCAGGAACAAGCCAAGCCGAAGACGGAACAUGAAAAGAGGUUUCUCUUUAGUUUGAUGAAAUCGCCUGUUGAUAUUACCGGCGAACAUGCAUUCCAGCCCCCGAACUUCGAGAAUGGUGACCAGCGAGGCCCCUGUCCAGGUCUCAAUGCACUUGCAAAUCAUGGAUAUAUCCCACGGAGUGGAGUGGUAUCGUUCGUCAAUGUGAUUGCGGCAAUCAACAAAGUGUAUGGUAUGGGUGUUGACUUGGCCACUAUCCUUGCGAUCAUGGGCACCGUCUGGACGGGGGAUGUGCUGUCCCUCGAGCCCAGCUUCUCAAUCGGGGGCCCCGAUACUGGAGUUAACAACCUCCUGAAUAACUUGGGUGGUGUUCUCGGCGAACCCCAAGGUCUUAUUGGCUCGCAUAACUUUAUCGAAGCAGACUCUUCUAACACGCGUGAUGAUCUCUACGUUACAGGCAACAGCUGGAAACUGAACAUGGACAAGUUCAUGACUUGGUAUAAUAUGUCCUCUGACGGUACCUAUGAUAUGAGGCUCAUGGCUAAACGCGCAAAAAUCCGAAUGGAGCAGUCUAUCCAUACAAAUCCAGAUUUCUACUACGGACCUGUGACAGGACUCAUUGCGCGCAACGCUGGCUACAUUUUCGCAGGUCGGCUCUUCCGAAAUCACUCGCACGAAAACCCAGAGGGAACACUGACUAAGAGUCACCUCCGGAAUUUCUAUGGCAUCUACGGCCCGGAGCACAAUUUGACGUACCGUGAAGGCUGGGAAAGAAUUCCCGAGAACUGGUACAAGACUCCUGUUGACUACGGACUCAUCUCACUCAACCUGGAUGUAAUUGGCUUCGUAUUGCAGUAUCCGGAACUUGGAAGCAUUGGAGGGAAUUUGGGUGAAGUGGACAGUUUUGCUGGAGUUGACCUAGGCGAUCUGACAGGUGGUGUCUUGAACCUGGCUGGCCUGCUGAAGGAUAACAACUUGCUGUGCUUUGUGACUGAGGUUCUGAAGUUCGCCAGCCCCAACGCGCUUGCUGGGAUAUACUCGACUGUAGCUAAGCCGUUGGAGUUUGUCACUAACAUUCUUGCUGUGCCUUUGCUCAAUCUUACUUGUCCGGCAUUCCAAGACCUUCAGAUGGGAGGGAAGCCGCUAUGGGAGGCGCUUCGUGACGAUUUCCCCGGUGCUUUGAAGAGCAACCGUUCGCUUUAG